AUUAAACGACCAAUGAAUGCGUUCAUGGUAUGGUCCCGUGGUCAGCGUCGCAAAAUGGCGCAGGACAAUCCGAAAAUGCACAAUUCAGAGAUAUCCAAGCGCUUGGGGGCCGAAUGGAAAUUACUCACAGAGGGACAAAAAAGGCCAUUCAUUGACGAGGCGAAGCGUUUGCGCGCGCUGCAUAUGAAAGAGCACCCCGACUAUAAAUAUCGGCCGCGUCGCAAGCCGAAGACGCUCAACAAGUCACCAGUGCCGGGUACUGGGCACAGCAGUGGAACAGGCGGUGGUGGAGGAGGCGGCAACACUCAUCAUGGCAGUCAGAAGGAAUCAGCGCUGCAGCAGCAACAGCAAUCGCCACAUCUUGCCUCGCAUCUGUCCCAUCAUCAUGCCCAUGCUCAUGCCCAUCCGCACCAUCAUCAUCAUGCCCAGCUGGGUGCCGCGGCUGCAGCCGCCGCCGCCGCAGCCGCUGCUGCCUCCCACUCCCCCACACUGGCCGCCAAAUACGGUUUUGGCACGCCGUUGGAACUAUCGCUCAGUAUGCCCGCCGCUAGUCGCGUUCCCACGGCCUUUCCCGCCCUCGCCCACUACCCGCUAGAUCCGACGCUGGCGCUGGACUUACAGGCGCGCCUGCAGGCCAUGUAUGCGGGCAGCAUUUACCAUCCAUGGCGUUACUUUGGCUGCACACCGCUAAUCAGUCCCGAGACCCCACCAUCACCGCCCAGCAGCAGCGGCACAGGCAUCUCCUCCUAUGGCUGCGUCAAAUCGGAAAAGUCGUCGCCCACGCUAACCACGUCCGCCACGGCUCCGCCCAACAUCAUUUGA